AAUGUUUAUAAUUAAAUUUCAGGUACCACAACGGUCCAGGAGCCAGGUAAAAUUAUCGCCACCAAGGGGAAGCGCCAGGUCGGUGCAGUGACCUCUGGGGAAAGGGGGACAUUGGUCACCAUUGCCCUUGCUGUUAAUGCACAAGGCAGUUGCAUUCCCCCGUAUUUCAUCUUUCCCAGGAAGAAGUUCCAGGACCACUUUGUGAGGAAUGGUCCCAUCGGCUCUACUGGUUCUGCUAAUAGUUCAGGUUGGAUGCAUGAUGUUGACUUUCUUUCCUUUCUUCAGCACUUCGCCAGACACACCCGUGUAAACCUGGAGUCGAAGGUGCUGCUCCUCCUUGACAAUCACUGGUCACACCUUUCUGUGGCAGCAAUUGACUUUUGUCGGUCAAACGGCAUAGUCCUCCUAUCUUUCCCACCCCACUGCUCACAUCGUCUCCAGCCGCUCGACAGGAGUGUGUUCGGUCCACUAAAGCGAUAUGUUAACGCCGCAGCAGAUCACUGGAUGAGAACACACCCUGGAAAAACGUUGACCAUAUACGACAUCCCAAUCCUAGUGGCCACAGCUCUGCCACGUGCAGCUACACCCAGCAACAUCACAUCUGGCUUUGUGUGCACUGGCAUCUGUCCUUUCAACCCAGAUAUUUUUGAGGAGCAAGACUUUUCACCUGCAUAUGUCACUGACCGCCCAGUUCCAUGUGUAGGCCUACCAUGUGCUCCCACACCACAUUCUGACACAAACCCAUACAGCCAGAGCCUAUUUGAGGGAGGACGGCUGCCAGAGUAUCCUGCUGGUUCAACCAGGGAUACCAUCCCUGACCACCCAACUGUCAGUUCAGCUGUCCCUCCUGAAGAAAGGGGAAGUCCAUGUCUGUUCAUUCCAGAAGCUGUACGUCCCUUCCCCAAGGCUGGUCUGAGAAAGGACACAAAACGGAGAGGCAAAAGGAGGUGA